CAGGCUUCAGGGCUCUGGACCACGCUGCAUCCUGUGCUGCUGUGAAUACUGUGUCUGAAGAGGUGGUGUCUGUUCCCCUGAGCAUGUGUAGGAGACAGAGGAAAGCCCUGGCUGCUUUUGUAGCCACAUCUCUAGAGCAAUGGGAGAGCUGAGGUCCGCAGAUGUGGCAUCUCAAUCUGGGUUGUUCCUGGGUCCCAGACAUGGUAUUUCUGUUUGGGCCACAGAAUGAUCUGUCCAUCGUCUAUGCCUUGUCACUAUGCCAUCUCACUUGUGUUCCAUCUACCCACAGAUGCUGAUACUGUGCCAUCAUCCAAACCAAGGCCCCGUACCCAGAAACAGAUGCAGAAGGAAAUGGAGAGGCUGACCAGGGAGCUGCAGCUGAUGACCAGCCAAAGAAAUGAGCUGCGAGAUCACGUGAUCUUUAUCACGGAAGGAAAGGUGGAUGAUAGGUAUCCAUUGUUCCAGACUUCAUGGCACUGUCAGCAAUGUAGAAUACGCUCACCUUUGGUCACCUGUCCCCACUUGGAGGGAAACAUAAGGCCUUUUGGGGUGCUGGUUUCUGGAGGCAGAGGAGGCAGGAGGAGGCUGGCAGGGCCUCACCAUGCAGUGUGUCUCUCCAGAGGUCUGCACAGCAGGCUCCUGAUGCAGCAUACUCACCUGGAGCAGAAGGUGGACCUGCUGAGGCAGGAGAAGAAGAAAUUGCGGGAUGAUUGGGCCCUACUGAUGCGCCACGUAGAGGACUUGAAAGUGCUCUGUAAGAACCAAGAAGAGAACGGUGACGUCAAAACCCAGCAACAACAGGUGGGGCAGGCAUAUCAGUCAGGCUACGAGGCCACAGCCCAGGACAAGAGCCACUUGCAGAAGGAGCUGCUACAGGAAGAAGUACCUGCUGAGUCCCAUCCCCAGCAACUACUGAAGUCCCGGGAUCAAUUUUAUUCUUCAAAUUUGGAUUCCAUCGUGGAAUAG